AAUGUUUCACUCAGAUGUAGCAAUGCUGUGGGUUUAAAAACUGCUUUUAAAGCAAAUAUUGCGUCAACAUUCCACUUCCAAGCUUUCUUUGGCUGACGGGUCUUUUGGACCUGGGGGAAAUCCGGGAACAGCGUGUGCGUCCCGCCCGCCCUAUACGCGGUUCUGUGGGUCCUUCCUGUCGGCUUUCAGGGACAAUAGGGCCGCUUUAGGAGAUCACAACAACACACCACCUACUUACCAGCAAAUUAUCCCAAGAGAUGAAGAAAACAUGAGCUGGAAGAUUAAUCAUGUUACAGAUCAAGUUGGUAGGAAGCAGCUGCAGAGACCGAAACCACGGGACACAUUUGCACAAAUGCCGGUGAAGAUGUGUCUGUGAAUUUUCUGCUGCUGAGUGUUUGCAUCUGAGUGACCAUGCCGGGGCUAGAGAACAAUCUGUCGGUGCGACGCUGCCUCACCUUCGCUACGGGUCUGGUGGAGUGUCUCUGUUUUGCUGGAGCCGUGUUUGGAUGGGCUUCCCUCGUUUUUGUCCUCAAGGAGGACCGUUACUUCAGCUCUCUGUGCGUUAAUGCCACAGGACUGAACAGCACGCAAACUCUGGACUGCAGUGCACAGGAUGAACAGUUCUCACUGAUUUUCACCAUCGCCUCCUUUAUGAACAACUUUCUGACGCUGCCCCACGGUUUCCUCUUUGAUCGAUUUGGUACCACAGUGACUCGACUCUAUGGAAUAUUUUUUUACAGUAUGGGUAGUUUGAUGGUGGCUUUCUCCUCAUCAGCUCUGGCCUACCUACUCUUUCCGGCUCUCUCUUUCCUGGCUGUCGGAGGCAUCUUAUUUUUAAUGACAAACAUGCAGGUUGGAAACCUGUUCGGCUCCCGUCGCUCCACCAUCAUCACUCUUUACAACGGGGCAUUUGAUUCUUCCUCAUCGCUCUUCCUCAUCAUCAAGCUGUUACAUGAGUCUGGCGUCUCUCUUCGUGCUGCCUUCCUCUUUCUGUCCGCCUGCAGUGUCAUUCACAUCCUCAGGACCUUCCUCCUGCUCCCCAGAAAAUGUAUUCCUUACCCACUGCCUGAUCGCUACACAUAUGGAGUCUCUUGUGGAGAAUCAAAGGCUGCGAACACAGAGGUGGCAGCAAACAGUCAGACACAUUCAGCAGCUGAAGAAACACCUCUCACAAUGAAUGCUCCUGUCAAACAAGAGAGGACUUUCCGUGAGUGUUUGCUGUCCAAGUUCUUUAUCUGGCACCUUCUUUGGCUGUCGGUGAUGCAGCUCAGGCACUACCUGUUCAUCGGCACCCUCAACCCCAUGCUGCAGAGGCUGACAGAAGGAGAGCCCUCACUGGUGAGCCAGUACACUAACGCCUUUGCCAUUACCCAGCUGUGUGGGGUGCUGUGUGCUCCCUGGAACGGACUCUUAAUGGACAGACAUAAAGGCAAACCUCGAGCUGCAGGAGAAACUGAGCAGGAAGCUGACUUGCGGGCCUCAGUGCUUUCUUUAUUCCUGACGGCGCUGCAGUGCGUGUUGUUCUCCCUGUGUGCCUCCACCCCCUACCUGCCGCUGCAGUACCUCACCUUCAUCCUGCAGGUGCUAAACCGCUCCUUCCUCUACGGUGGCAACGCAGCCUUCAUCAGUUUGGCAUUCCCAUCGUGCCACUUUGGGAAGCUGUAUGGUCUGGUCAUGGCUCUGUCUGCAGUGUUUUCUGUGCUGCAGUAUCCCUGCUUUGCUCUGGUGAAAGGAGCUCUGGGUGGAGAUCCUUUCUACGUUAACAUCGGCUUGACGCUUCUCAGCCUGCUGGCCUUCAUACAUCCCUUCUUCGUCUACAUGCACUGUCGAAAUCUCGCCACUGAGAGAGCAAAGAGCAAAACCUCAUCCUAAAGAGUUUGAAACAAGAUCGGUGACUAGUGUUUAAAGCUUAACACCUCGGACAGUGUUAUAUGUGUUGUCCACAUAUGAAUGCAUACCAUUUCCUCACUAGAAGCCAAAACAACCUUAUCUCCAGUACAUUAAGUGAUCAUUUCCACAGAUCAACCUAACUUAGUUUAAGACAGAUUUCUGCCUAUAGAUUGUCCUAAAUUUCCCACAGAGGACAAUUAAAGGCCUAAAAUUACAAAUCCUGGCUGUAAGAGUGUCAAGUUGAACAGUUUAGGGCCUAAAACUGCCCAUCUGUAAACUCAGGAGCAACCAGCUAACUGGAAACCGAAGCCUACCCCCUCAUGCAGCUCUAAAAGACCCGUUGAUAAGACAGGGCCCGUAUUUUAUCGACACACUCAGCAUAUUAGCAUAAAACGUCAACAUUUACACAAAUAGGAUCAGAUUUCACUCCUUAGUCUAGCAGCAUUUAAAUGUACGUUUUACAGUUCAGGGAUAAAAGGCAUGCAUAACUGAUAAUAAGUCAUUAAAGCCUUACAUGUGGAUAAAUAUCUAUAAUGUUGAACUUACCUUAAAGCUGGCUUUUACUGCUAUUCAGGGUUCUUUUCUAGGGUAAAAAUUGUCUUUUAACAGAUAGUAUUUGAAUUAAAACCUGCCAUCCAUGAAUGCACCCUCACUAUGUGGUUGUGUUAUAUUUCACUGCACUCUGGAUAAUGAAAGGGAAAUUAUAUCCAUCCAACCAGAUUACUAAGCAUCCUUUAAAAUGAAAAAUAAAAGAACUAAAUAUAAAAAUGACAGAACAGAUUUCAGAAGAAGAGUUUGUUUCUCUUCUUUACCUUUUUCAAGUUUCAUAUUAUUUUAACAAGACUGUUUUUAUGUUUACUCAUUUAUCUGAUGCUUGAAGUAACUCUUUUUCCCUUUUCUCAUAGUUUUACCAAAUUUGUUGCAGAACUUUUCAUCAGUAUGUCUUGAUACUUAGUUACAUGGUGCUACGAUAUGUUAUGUAGGUCAUGCAUUUUUUCUUCUAAUGCAAAAUUUCUGUAAAGCUAAACAGUUAAUGUUGCUUAUUUUACACAGUCCUACUUAAAUUAGAAAUAUGUUGUGUACUGUUUGUGUACUAAUGGUAGUUUGCCAUUUAUUGCUAAAAGGGAAACGGCACUGAGGCUAGUAAACCUUUUAAUGAUCAGUUAUGUAGAAAGGGAAACAACUCUGCCCUCUACUGGCUGCACAGCAGAUUAAUUUCACUCAGCAGGCUCUGCAGAACCAAAAUAACAUCAGAACAAACAUAAUUAGUGAGGAUGUGUCUGUGCCUGGUACAUGUUUGGAUUAAAACAUGUUUGUAACGAGCUGGGUAGAGUAGCUGGAAAUUGUACUCAAGUAAGAGUAGCUUUACUUCAAAAUAAUAUUACUCAAAAAUUACUGUAAAAGUAAAAUUCGGUGCAGUAAAACUACUCUUGUUACAUUCUCUUCAAAAAGUUACUUAAGUAAAUGUAACUAUUUACUACAGAUCUCUAAUAAGAUGAAGUAAAGUUUUUGUCCUUUAUGUGGAGUCUUAUAAUUUAAUUUUUUUAUAAUAAAUCAUGAAGAUAUAUCAAUAUACUGUACUAAAACAUUUAAAGGAUAAAGGGACAUUUUUUAAUUGCCAAUGUAAGUGUCAAACUAAAGCUGAUCAGUAUUCUUUUAAAGAGAUAUUAUUAAAAAUCAAAUGUAUGUAACAUCACUUAACAAAAUGUAGCUUUUGAUCAACUGUGUGAUAAACGGAAUUGAUGUUUUUAAACCUCACCCUCUGGUGCUUUUCUUAAACUGAGGUCAACUGCCAUCUACAGGUCAUGAAACAAAGUGCAAGUGUACCAUUGUUUUUAUCACACUUGACUAAUAAACAUGUUUUACAUACAACCAUCCAGCUCUGCCUGAAUAAAAACUGAUUAUAUUUCA